AUGGCUGGGGGUCCUCCACCUCCUUGCUCCGUGCCUCAGUUUCCCCUCUUCAGUGGUGUGGCUGGAAAAGCUGUCAGCCCCAUCCCGGCGGUGUGUGGGGAGGGUGGUAGGGCAGGGGGUGGUGGGGCAGGGGCCGGCCCCCGCCCUGAGGAGGGGACGCUGUGGUCGCAGUACCGCGUGGGGCAGCUCUACACCAUCAGCAAGCACAGCCACCAGGAGAGCGAGAAGGGCGAGGGCGUGGAGGUGGUGAAGAACGAGCCCCAUGAGGACCCCGUCCACGGCCCCGGCCAGUUCACCGAGAAGCGGGUCCACCUCUCCAGCAAACUGCCGAGCUGGGCACGGGCGGUGACCCCCCGCAUCUUCUACAUCACGGAGAAAGCCUGGAACUACUACCCCUACACCAUCACUGAGUACACGUGCUCCUUCCUGCCCAAGUUCUCCAUCUACAUCGAGACCAAGUACGAGGACAACUGCGGGGACAGCGAGAACAUCUUCCACAGCGAUAAAAUCCUGGGUGACCACGAGGUCUCCUUCCUGGACAUCGCCUUCGACGAGAUCCCCGAGCGGUACUACCGCAGCCUGGAGGUAGCACAGACAGGGAUGGGAGAAGCUUCCUGGGGCGACGAGCCCCCCGAUUUCCUCGCUCCCCCCAAGACUCGCCCCCGCAAGAAGUCGGCGCCGGAGACCCUGACGCUGCCCGCCCUGGGGGAACGCGCCGGCACCGAGUGACGCCGGCAGUGCCACACCGUGCCACCUCCCCGGCAGGACCCUGCCACCCACAGCCCCUCUGGUGGGCACCGACCCUGGGGAGGGACCCACCGUGGGGGCACGGGGAGCCCCGGGCAGGUACCGGCCUCCCCAAGCCACGGCGGGUGCCCACAAGGGACGUGGCCACCACUGCUGCGCAGGGAGGGGACACCAGGCUGGAGGGGACACCAGGGUGGAGGGGACACCAGGGUGGAGGGGACACCAGGGUGGCACUGGGCGAUGCCACAGGCACCGGUGCCACCCACCCUGGUUGCCACAGGGGCUGGGGAGCAGCGGGGCUUGGCAAGUGAUGCCAAAGCACCACCCCGCAGGGGCACAGCGCCUGUGACAGGGACAGCCGGGUGCCCGGGCUCCCCGCAGGACCCUGGGGGCCACACAACCCCCCCGCACGGUAGGUCCUGCGGUGGGGGGUCCCCUUUGCCAUCCCUUGUGGGGGGGCUGGGGCAGGCUCAGCCCUCCCUUUUCUUGGGGAAAACAAAGGCCUUUUUGGAAAUAAAAGCUCAAGACACGG